CAACUUAAUUUACACUAUUCAAAGUCCAUCUGAUUCUGCAAUUUUAGUUGACUAUGGAGGCAUGAAACCCUUCUUCUCAAUCAAUUAUUUUCUCAUCUCAACCAGUAUACCAUGGCUAUCCACAACAAAUGAGCAAGUGGAGUAGGGAGGAGGACGAGCUUUUCGAGACUGCCAUUGCUCAACUCAAUUUUCUAUCCCUUGAUCAUUUAUUUCAACACAUUGCUUGGAAAAUGCCCAGAAAAACUCUUUCGGAAAUCAAACAACAUUUCUUCAUUUUAGUAGAAGAUCUUCAUCUGAUCGAGUCCAAUGCUGUACCAUUACCAAACUACAAGACUUGUGGCAACAAGACCAUUGGACACCCAAGAAAAAGAAGAGUUCCAUGGAACUCAGAAGAACACAAGUUAUUCUUGGAGGGUCCGGAAAAGUAUGGAAAGGGAGAUUGGAAAAGCAUCUCCAGGUACUGUGUUGUGACAAGAACUCCAUCACAAGUUGCAAGCCAUGCUCAGAAGUAUUUCAUUAGUCUCCAUCGAAAGUCUAAAUCCCAUAUAUUUGCAGUUCAAGAAUGACAUGCUGUUCCUC